GACUUGACACUUCCCUUGGUCGCCAUCAAUGUUCUGCCACGGCCACGCCUCCCGAGCAUCACCGAAACAGCCUGUCCCAUCGUCCUUGAGCCCGCUGCUUCGUCCGGGCUGAUUGCUCCUCAUCGCCACCAACAUCUCCCGCCUCAUGUCGCAGUCGCUGCUACAAUCUCGCCACUCGUCGCCGCAUGCCGCCCACGCCAAACCGCUGCUGGCGCGCCGGCCCCGACUAAUUCGCGCCGCUGCCACGGCUCCAUCGCUCCAAACCGCCAUCAUCUCGCAAGAAACUCACUACAGCCAGAGUUCAACUCGAGCCGCCGUCCUCCUAUCACAGGUGGCCACAGCCGGAGUCUCGCGGCAGACCCGUGGCACCAGCAUUGCCAGUCUCGACAGCGUCUCCUCCCACCACGACCGAGUCGUUGCUGCCAAAGAGCCAUGUUCAGCAAACAGUGA